GCUCCGCCUUCCCUCCAUCUUCUUUACUCCCAGCCGGCUUGUGGAGGACACCUUGCUGCAGUUGAUUCGUUAGUGUUCUUGGCAAAAUGUUAUCAGUUCGCGUCGCAGCAGCACUUGCUCGCACCCUGCCUCGGCACACCGGCAUUAUCUCCAGAAAUGCCCUUGCUGCAGCUUGUGUAAGUGCCAAAAACCUCCACACGUCAAGCUCAUGGCUGCAAAAAACAGGCACUGCUGAAGUGUCUUCCAUUUUGGAGGAACGCAUACUGGGAGCCAGUACUGGAGCUGAUCUGGAGGAGACUGGGCGUGUGCUUUCCAUUGGUGAUGGUAUUGCUAGAGUUUACGGCCUCAGAAAUGUUCAAGCUGAAGAGAUGGUGGAAUUCUCCUCCGGGCUGAAGGGUAUGUCCUUGAACUUGGAACCUGACAACGUUGGUGUUGUCGUAUUUGGAAAUGACAAGUUAAUCAAGGAGGGAGAUAUUGUGAAGAGAACUGGAGCUAUUGUAGACGUGCCAGUUGGAGAAGAGCUGCUGGGCCGUGUAGUGGAUGCCCUUGGUAAUGCUAUUGAUGGAAAGGGUCCUCUUGGUGCAAAAACACGCAGAAGAGUUGGUCUUAAAGCUCCUGGUAUCAUUCCCCGUAUUUCCGUACGAGAACCAAUGCAGACUGGGAUCAAGGCCGUUGACAGUCUGGUACCCAUUGGUCGUGGACAGCGAGAGCUUAUCAUUGGAGAUAGGCAGACUGGAAAAACCGCUAUUGCUAUUGACACAAUCAUUAACCAGAAGAGAUUUAAUGAUGGAACUGAUGAAAAGAAGAAAUUGUAUUGCAUCUAUGUUGCCAUUGGACAGAAGAGGUCUACAGUGGCACAGCUUGUGAAAAGGCUCACUGAUGCAGAUGCAAUGAAAUACACAAUUGUGGUUUCUGCUACUGCUUCUGAUGCAGCUCCUUUACAAUAUCUGGCACCCUAUUCUGGCUGUUCUAUGGGAGAAUAUUUCAGAGACAAUGGAAAACAUGCUCUUAUCAUUUAUGAUGAUUUGUCCAAGCAGGCUGUUGCCUAUCGUCAGAUGUCUCUCUUGCUCCGUCGUCCACCUGGUCGUGAAGCCUACCCUGGUGAUGUGUUCUACCUGCACUCUCGUCUGCUUGAGAGAGCUGCCAAGAUGAAUGACAAUUUUGGUGGUGGAUCCCUCACUGCUCUGCCUGUGAUUGAAACCCAGGCUGGUGAUGUGUCAGCCUACAUUCCAACUAAUGUCAUCUCUAUCACCGAUGGGCAGAUUUUCUUGGAAACUGAGCUGUUCUACAAAGGUAUCCGCCCUGCCAUCAAUGUUGGCCUUUCUGUGUCUCGAGUGGGGUCAGCUGCUCAAACAAGAGCUAUGAAGCAGGUUGCUGGUACCAUGAAGCUGGAGUUGGCCCAGUACCGUGAGGUAGCUGCUUUUGCCCAGUUUGGUUCUGAUUUGGAUGCCGCUACCCAGCAGCUGCUCAAUCGUGGUGUACGACUAACAGAGUUGCUGAAGCAGGGACAGUACUGUCCAAUGGCAAUUGAGGAACAAGUAGCUGUAAUCUAUGCUGGUGUCCGAGGUCACCUUGACAAACUAGAGCCCAGUAAAAUUACUAAAUUUGAAAGUGCUUUUCUGCAACAUGUCAUCAGUCAGCACCAACAACUUCUGGCAACAAUCAGGGCUGAUGGUAAAAUAUCUGAGCAGGCAGAGGCUAAAUUGAAAGAAAUUGUCCUGAAUUUCCUGUCUACCUUUGAAGCAUAAUGACAUCUUCCUAUUGGUAUUCUGUCUGUCAGUUUCUGCUUAAUAUUGGUUUAUGUGAACGUUAUUGAAAAUAAGCGUCCCUCAUUGUACAGGUUAUUUCUCUUUAUGAGAAUAAAGGGAUUCCAAUAUGG